AUGCUGAGCAUUCCGAGAGAGAGAGAGAGAGAGAGAGAAAUAGAGAGAAAAGAUAAGAAGAGAAAGAGAAAGAGAAAGAGAAAAGAGAGAAAAAAGAUAAAAAAGAUAAAAAAGAAACAAACCAGGGAUGAGAUGAUGACUAAUAAAGACAGACCGAGCCAAAAGAGGGAAAGAGCAAGCUAG